AUGGCAAACAAUCGAUUGAGUGACCUCGAGUUUCCAAUGGAUGAAAAACGACUAGUUAUCCAGCUUGUCAAUGGACUUCCGGAGGAAUAUAAUACUGUUGCCUCCUUCAUUCAACAAUCGAUGCCAUCGUUUGACACUGCUCGAUCUCAACUACGCACUGAAGAGAUUCGCCGUGAACAUCAAUCUACAUCAAAUACUCAUGCUGCCCUUGAUGCCGGAACACCGCACACCUCCCAUCACCUUCCUGUUGUUGCACAGCGUCAUCAACAAAGUCUGGAUCGCACAGCGCCGUUGCUUCCAAAUCCAACAGGCCCAGUGCUUUCUCACCCGCAGCUCCCUACUGAAUCGAACAGAAGCCCACUACUGCCCAACCCAGCAAGCCCAUUUCCUCCUUACCCACACUGGGCUUAUCCGGCUACUCCCUGGAACGUUGCUGCACCUGGCCCAUAUCCGGCUACUCCAUACUGGGCUUCUCCCUGGAAUGCUGCUUCACCUGCCAGCCGCGGACGAGGUCGCCAGAACCGUGGUAGAGGACGGGGUCGUGGUCGCCAUCCUACAGCCGGUCGAUCACCGCAAGCCUACAUUGCUCCGACCACAGACUACCUACAACCGUCAGAUAUCGCCGAAGCCUACAGCUCUAUGAGCAUUCGGACACCUGAUGAUGAUUUCUAUAUGGACACCGGAGCAACCUCUCACAUCACCUCGGAUCCAGGACUUGAGUUCGAGGAAGACUAUUCUCCGAUGUGA